AUGUUAUCUGAUAAUAAGGUCACUCCUGAGAUGAGAGAUGAAGACUUAAAGGCGUUACAAGGCCCACCAAAUUUCGUCCAAAGAUACGCUGUUUUCACCUCUACAACUGGACAAGGUAAAAACCCACAUGACUACUUAGCAAAUGGUUGUCCCUACAUAGUGGAAACAGACAAUAUUGUGCUGAGAUUUAGAUACAAAAUGAAUCGACAGCAAGGCACUCUUGACGCAGACAUGAAAACUUUGAAGACAUACCGGCAGCUUUGCAGACAGUACAUAAAAUAA